AUGCUCGAAGGGGUGCUCUCCUCCUACCUCUCCACAUACCUGGGUACCUACUGCCGCAACCUCACGCCAUCGGCCCUCAAUGUGGCUCUCCUCUCAGGCACCGUCACUCUGGAGGCAGUGGAGCUGGAACCGGAUGCCUUUGCGGGCAUGAUACCAUCGGUGGCGGUCGAAGCAGGGGCCAUCUCUUCUAUCAAAGUCACCAUUCCCUGGAAUGUAUGGGGCUCGCCCAUGCAGGUCGUCGUCGAUGGCGUUCAUCUUCUCCUGCGCCCGGACAAUGGGGACGGUGACGAUCAGGCUGCUGCUGCCCGCGCCCGCGCUCUGGCUUCUCGCCGCUCUCGCCUGGCAGAGUGGGAUGCACGGGAUGCAGAUCGGAUGAAGGCUGCUCUCGCUGCAGAGGCCGACAGCGCGUCCGAUGUCAAGGACUCAACGAGCGCCGAUGCUGCUGCUGUUGCUGCAGAGGGCGGCUUCUUCUACCGCCUCGUCACAAAGCUGACGUCGUCGGCCCUCUUCACCUUUACAAACAUUCACGUCCGCUACGAGGACGCCCGCCCCACUGUUGGCCCAUCGUUUGCCUUUGGCCUCACCUUUGCCUCGCUUGUCCUUGCAGACGCCUCGCCCGCAGAUAUCUUGCGCCUCGCAGAAGACGCGCGCACUCCGCCACAAGACGGCGAGACCUACGUCCACAAGCGCCUUGCUCUGUCAGCCGUCACCGCGUACUGGACCGUUCACGGCACACUGCAUCACACUCUUCUCUCCAGAGGCCUCGACUCGGGCACGACGCCCCGCGCUGCGUCGGCGGCCGCCCUCAUCGCAGGCUUUGACGCUCUCGGCCUCACGGCUGCUGCCGCCCCGAGCGCCUUUAUCCUUCACCCCACAGACGUCGAGACCCUCAUCCGGCUUGCAGACUUUGUGCCGCAGCCGCCGUUUGACGACGCCACCCCCGACUGGCUCCACUUAUCCGUCGCCCUCGUCUCAAACAUCGCGCUCUCGCUCUCCCCGGCUCAGUUUCGCUCCGCCGUCGACGCCCUUUCACUCUUUCACGCCCACACCCAGCUCGAGCUCAUGCUGCGUGCCCAAGAUCUGGCCGCCGGAGCGUCUACUGUCGAGGCCAGCUCCACUGCCGACGCCGACGCUGACGCCUACAACGAGCUGAUUCGGCGGUGCGGACUCGUUCCCGACCGCGGCGCCCUAGGCGCCGACGAUCUCGCCGCCCUCGACCACCUCGAAGGCACCCUAUCACUUGCCACCCUUCGCCGCAUUCGUCGUCGCGCUCACUGGGAUGAGCUUUCGGCCGCCGCUGCGGCUUCUGCGGCUUCUGCGUCGUCAGGCCAACCGACGACUGCUGUCGCGGCUGGAGCCGAGUCCGACGGCUGGCUGUCAUGGCUCGGGUGGUCUUCGGGAGCGGCUGCGGAUGUUGCCGAGCCUGCGUCAGCAGCUGCCGACGGCAGCAAGCCGACACCAGAGUCUUCUGCGGAGCCCGAGCUAGAGACCCGCGAUGAGCUCUUUGCCAUCAUCGACUUUGACGAGGCCGAUACUCGGGCCAACCAAGCACUCACCAACUUUGCCCAGUACGUCUCGGCCUCACUCACUCUACCAUCACUGACCUGGAGCCUCGCGAGUGCAGUACCCGAGAGACCGCCGCUGGUCAAGGGCGUACUCUCGCAGGUCGCCAUCAAGUACAUGGCUAACCCAAGCUUGGCCGCUGGCCAGUUUCAACUCGGCGGCCUCGUCGUCUCGGAUACUGCCACCGCUGCGGGCUCGGCGCUCGCCACCAACUACUAUCCGGUGGUGGCUCAGGCCGCCAAGCCGGCUCACGGAACGCCGCUGCUGGCGCUUACCUUUGAGCUCGACCUGGAGGCCUCGCCGCACGCACUCAAUGUGGACGCGUCGCUGCAGUCGCUCGACAUCUCCAUUUCUGCGCCGUUUCUCGGAGGCCUGGCCUCGUUUGCACAUCUGCCGCCGUCUCCUACCGUCGUCGCUCUCCGCGCCGCCUACCGCCACCGUGUCGACGAGCUCUCGCAAGAGGCACUCGCUGCGCUCACCUCGUCGGCUCGCUCGGUCACACUCGCACUCUCGGCGGCACCGUCGAGCCUUGCCCUCAUCGCACAUCCAACCGUUAGGGACGCACCGGCGCUGUUGUGGCGGACCGGCGAGUGGGUGGUCUCGACGCCGUCGGCCGACGCCGCGCCCGACGCGCUCAACGUCUACGCGCUCCUCAUCUCCGACAUGGCGGUCGACUACGCCGGCGAGCCUGUCGUCGCCAACACCCUCAUCUCGUGCUCGAUGCAGCAGAUGGAGGACCUUGCUAUGUCGUCAGCCUCGUCGCGGUCGUCGUACCUUGACACUACCGCCACGGUCGACGUCCUCUCCAUCGACGCCGCUCUGCCUGUCGUCGCCGGCGUGGCCGCAACGCUGAAAACGUUUGCUGCCGCCUUGCCUGCGUCGCAGACCUCCGCGACCCCGCAUCCAGCCAUCGAAGACAAUGUUGCACCCGAUGCGUCGCUGCUACUUCUCGACUCGAUCUACCUCGACGCUCCCGACGCCCUUCUCCUCACACCUCCCGACUCGGACACCGACUCGCUCGCUUCGCUGCAUGACUCGUCAUCCGACGACGAGUUUUGGGAUGCCCAGGUCUCAGCCUCUCUCGCCCGGGCUGUGCCGCACCGCGGCGCGCCCGCCUCUGCCCCAGAGCCCAUUGCCAUUGUCCGCUCGCGCCUCCGUCUUCGAGUGGCGGAGACUACGAUCGCCGUGUACAGUGAGGCCCGAGCUCGGCUGGCCACCCUCCGGCUCGGCAGCGUUGACAUCUCGCACUCGCUGCAGACCAAGCCACGGCUCGAGCAGCGCGCCCAUUUUGCGCUCGGUUCACUGCGGCUGUUUGACCAUCUCGCGCUUGAUGGCCUCCCGCGGCUCGCGCUGUGCUCAGAUCUGGAGACGUACCUCUCGUCGGGCAGGCCGACUGCGGCUGAUGACUUUGGCGUCGUCCUCGACUCGGCCGAGCCGUUAGUCUCGCUUGACACCUGCCUCGCGUCCAAGCGCUACACCGCUACCGCCUCGUUCCACACCCUCCACGUCCGGAUCCGCCCUAGCGUUGUCAACGCCUGGCUCGACGCCGCGGCGCUUGUGCCCGACCUUGGCGGCGCUGCACAUGCGACAGACCUGCCAGUACCGACCGAGACUGCAGCUGCGCUGGAAGCACUCAAAGUUGUGUUCUACCUUCCGGAUGACGAGGCGCAGCUCGCGACUCUAGACCUUGCCGCCUUUGAGCUCACCGUCGCCCGCCCGGCACCCAAGCGCUACCAUCUCGAGCUCACCCUCGCCGACCUCGAGCUGACGGAGAGCAUGACGGCUGCCGGGAGUCCACGACAGGUGCUCGCCACUCCGACCGAAUAUGUCAUGCGGUACACAGUAUCGAACGUCGACGCCGUCGCACCAGAGCACUACACUCUGGCUGCGGUCCUCGGCCAGAUCGUGCUGUCCUACGACGGCCUCUUCAUUGCCGCCGCCUCAGACUACUUGGCGACUUUUACGGCCCUCCGUACCUUCCUCUCAUCGUCGGCCAACCUUGCGCUCGAGCUCGUCUUUGACCUCGGCGUCACCCAUGUCACCAACGUCGGCUCGGUCUACCAUGUCGACGUCAAGCGACUCAACGCGACACUUUGCUCCACCACGUCCGAAACCGACACCUGUUUGCUCGGCCCCUUUGACGUAGCUCUUGUUGUCAACACCUCGCCGAUCCAGCCCGAGCCACUCGAGAUCGCCGGCUACUCUGUCCCGCAUAUCCGGACCGUGGUCACCAUCGCCACCACUACCGACGUUGUUCUCGACUCUUCGCUCGAUGACCUUGUCACUGUACUCGGCCUUCUCUCUGCUAGCACACCAAGCUCGUCCCUGACGGCUCCACCGGCACUCGAUCUUGCUUCCGGACCAGACGCUUCGCCAAGUCCCGACUCGUCUGCUUGGGUUGUCACGCUCGACAUUGGUCAGGUCAAUGUCUCGAUUCGCGACGCGGUCUCGCUCUCGCUCACAGGCGUUAGGUACGGCGCGGCAUGGCAGCUGCCGUCGAAUGGCCCUGGCCCUGUCUCGGUAUCGGGCGGCGCAUUUUCCCAACUGGUCUUUGCGGCCUGCGGCAACGCGCCGCCGCUUCUCUCCUCAGCCACUGCCGAGCUGGUCACAACCGUGCCGAGCUCGCCGGCAGCACCGGCGCGGCUCAAGAUCUCGCUCGGCGACUCGACGAUAUCGGCGUCACCGGCUGUACUUGCUUCUGUCUCGCGCACACUCACUCGCCUGUUGAGCGCGCUUCAGCAUGGUGUUCAAGAUGUCAGCGCUCCAGCGGCCACCGAGGCCGCUCCUGGUCGCGGCAUUGAGGCCUCGGCCUCGUUCGCUUCGCUCGAGGUUGAGCUUGCCGACUCGGCACCGUUUGCCAAACUCUCACUCGCGCACUCGGAGCUCGAGUAUGCGUCGCGGUGCGGCGGAGUACUGAGCGGACACCUGCAUGCACUCGCCAUUGCCGACGUCUCGCGCCACUCUGGCCUGCACGUCGACGUUCUCAGUCUGCCCGCAGGUGAGGCGCUCGACUUUACCGUCGCUACGGCGUACGCAGCGUAUGUGGCGGAAGCGUCGGACGAGGCACUUGCUUGCGGCUACGCAGUCGAGGACGGCGCAACGCCGCCUGACGCGCUGCUUUCUGUGUCUAUGGCUUCUGCGCGCGCCACCAUCCUGUACCGAUUUGUCAUGCAAAUGCUAGCGUUUGCCUACGAUGCAACGUCGGCAGUCGUGGCACCAGAAGGCGCAUCUGCCGCUCAGUUCUCACAUGGUGAGCCUCAGCCCGCGUUCCUCCUUGGCGUGCACGUGGUGCUCGCUCAGCCAGCCUUUGUACUCCCGCGCAACUGCAAGUCUGCCGAUGCGCUCCUGCUCGAAGCAUCGAGGCUGAGCCUGAGUAACUCGUUCCACGAUGGUCGAAUCACGACCGAGUGGCGGCUAGCUCACGCGCGGCUGUCGUCGACGCACCGGCCGGACGGGACCAUCAUCCAGCCGACCGCACUCACCUGGGCUGUUUCGUACGACAUCCAGUCUGCAGCUGAAUACGUAGCGUCGCCAUCGCCCUGGGCUGAGACGCUCACGCUCGAGCGAUCCGCGCUCGAGCUCGAGCUCACCGGUGCCGAGUACCUGCUACUGCAGCAGUUUACAUGGGAGAACAUGGCCGAAGUCCUCUGGCUGCCGUCGGGCCCGAAACAGGCGGUCUCGUCCUCACGGCUUGCCGUCCGGGCACUGACGCCGUUUGCCACCGUGCCGAACGCGCAGCUUGAUUCUACACCCGGUGCUGCGCUCCAGUUGACGCUCCAGCUCGAGUCACUGUGCCUGCAGCUGCUUGAUGAGUCUCUUGACGGUCCAGUUCCGCUUGCGCAGCUCACGUUUUCGGAUCUUGCUGUGGCGUACACCUCGUUCUACUCGUGGGAUGCAUGGACUUGGGUCUCGGCAGCGGGAGUAACAGUGCUCGACAGCCGCAGCGAUGCGGCGACGCCGUCUGAGCUUCGGGCGCUGCUAGCACCACGUGGCGUCAGCGACCGGCCGCGCCUCCAACUUGCGCUCAUGACGCUGCCGUUUUCCGAGGCGCAUGGUCCCGGCGGCUCGUCGCUUGAGCUUCGGCUGGCACACACGAGAGUAACUUGUGUCACUGACGUGCUGGGACGGGUUGGUAAGGUGCUUGGCGCGCAGGCGACUCAGCCGCCGCCAGAGACAGCCGCCGCAGAGCACUUGAUGCGGGUCGAAGGCACUGGGCUCGAGGCGCUGCUGGCAUCGUCGUACACCGACGGCGCCUCACCGGCGCUUUACAAGGUAGUGGCGUUGAGCUCCGGCACAGAACUGGUCUCGGUUCUCCUCAACAACGUAACCGAGAGCGCCGUGACGAUUGUCGAGGCGAGCAAAGUCUCGAUCGAUUGGACUGACCGCAGCGGCGCCGAGCUGACUGCUGUUGUCGAUGUGGCCUUUGGCGAAGCCUUUGUCUCGUACACCGACUUUAAGCUCGGUCUUUGGGUCUGGCGCAACCUGUGGCUGCCGUCGGGCUCACGGCCUCUGGGCGACGCCACACCCGUGGCCGCCACGAGCGGCAGCACCGCUGUGACCAGCCCCGCAUCGCGCGACGAGCGCCUGUUCUUCUCAGCCAGGCCCCUCGAGGCGACGCUUGUUAACGACGUGACCGGACAGAACGUGCCUGUGCUCCGAACUAGCCUUGCAGUCGAGGGCACGAUCGAGGCGUGGUCUCGGCCCGAUGCCAUGACGCUGGCAGCGGAGGUUGCGAUUGGGCUGGAGUACUUUAACCACGUGCUCUCGGGGUGGGAAAGUGUUCUCGAGCCAACGCAAGUCACCUUGAGUUACGAGGGCUGGCGGUCAACGUUUGGGAUCGCGGUCAACUCACCACUGGAGGUGACCGCAUCUGCGCCGAUGAUUGAGAGUCUCGGCCAGUGCGCCGACGCGCUCUCGGUCGAGUACGACCAGCGAGCGGCUCCGCUGGCCGAGGGCGCUGCCGGAGUGCGUGCGGAUGCCUUUGCACUCACCAACAUGACCGGACUUGACGUCAAGGUGGCGAUGCUUGACGGGUCUGGCUCGGUCACUGUGGUGGCGGCCGGAAGCCGCGCGUCACUGGCAACCGGCUCGUUUGCGCGAGUCCGACACCGUGUGCUGGACGUCGGCUCGAUGUCUGCAUCGAUCGAGGUGCUUGGCGAGCCGGUCGGUCCUGUCCCGCUCGAUCUUGUGGGCUCGUAUGUGUUCCCCGUCAAGACGCACUACGUGUUUGCAGCGGUCUCGCUCAACAGCGAUGGCUCGUUUGAGACACGUUUGUGGUCAGGCCUCGCAGUGACCAACACUUGCGACGUGGCGAUGGACGUGGCAAUUGCAGACCAGAUGUCGUCCACGGCGUCGUUCGAUCAUCUCGUCCACGUGCCUGUAGGUGCUACGGUUGGCCUCCCUGUCCAUCUCGUGCAGAAUGCGGCGGUCUACUUUCAACCGCAUUUUGGCGAGGGUGGACCCGAGUCGGACGACGAUGGUUCGUAUGAUGGCGACGACGAUGGCAAUGGCAACGGUGGGGGUGGCGAUGCAUUCUCGGAGCCGCUCAAGUGGCGCGAACUCCCGCUCUUACAGGGCGAGGUGUCCGAGGGCGGUGGACCGGGCGUCGAGGUGUGGACCGGCGAUGGGUCGUCGACGUCGGCAGCGUCGACGUCGAUGCUUGGCACGUCGUCGGUCCGUGGCUCGACUGACGGACGCAGUACCGAGGGACGGGAUAAUGUGCCGGAGCGGCACCACGCGCUCGCCUUUGUUGGGGUCCGGCGGCCGGGAACCGUCAUCGAAGACGCAUUUCUGUGGUUUGGCGUCGGCUGCCUUCCGGUUGUGGCCGAGCUCGAGACGUUUGCGGCAUGCCGGACGUAUCCUUGCCACCGGAUGGUCAUUUCCCCGGCGUACCGGGUGACAAACACGCUGCCACUGCCUGUGCGGAUGAAACUGGCGACGUCCGAGGCCGGGGCCAGCGUGCCCGAGGUAGAGGCUGAGGUGGAGGCUGGCGGCGUGGUCAAUGUUCACCACUUUAACCCGUCGCAGCUUGCUGGCGUUGUGCUCUGGCUUCAAGUCGCCGACUACGCAUGGUCUGCGCCCGGAGUUGUACCGCUCGCACCGUCGCGAUCUGCGUUCCUUCCUUGGAAGAAGAAGCACAAGCGUGCGAGGCGAUCGGGCCAGAUGGUACGACUGGCAAGCCAGGGGCCGUACCGGCUGCGGCUGUUUUUCGAGACUGAGACCGAUGUGUUUGGCGGCUUGCACCUGUACCUGUUUUCGCGGUACUGGCUUGUGGAUGCUACACCAUGGAGCCUCGUUUUUGGGCGCGGCGGUGUCAAGGUGAUCGGGACAAAGGAGCUGCCAGCCACCGUGGCAGCGCCCAACUCGAGCCGGAUCCUUCUCCUAGGCGAGACCGACAACGUCAACGCGGCUCUUCCAACCGGCCAGUGGUUGGCGUCGUCGGUCAAUGUCGACGCAGCCAAGCUGCGAUCGGGCGUCCGCAAGGUUCGGCUAGUUGCAGCGUCGGGAACUGCAGUCGAUGUGGUGGUGUCGGCGAGCGAGACGGCGUCGCGGCGGACGCGGGCGAUCCGGUUUGCGCCGGCGUAUGUGCUGGUCAACUCGAGCGAGCGGACGCUGGCGGUGCGGCAGGUGACAUCGCAUGCGCGCAAGGGCAAGGGCAAGGGCAAGGGCAAGGGCAAGGGCAAGGGCAAGGGGCCUGAUCGUGACGAGUCGUCUUCAGCCGAGGCACAGGCCGCAGUCCCGCUGGUACUGCCACCAGGCGAGUGUGCGCCGUGGGUGUGGGCAAACGGCGAGGCGGCUGACAUGGUGGCCAUCAAGUACGAGGAUCCCGAGGCAAGCGGGUGGGAGUGGUCUGCGCCAUUUCCGCUCUCUGCGCUGGCCGACUUUCCGCUCAAGAUUCACAACAGCGUGAGCUGUGCUGAAGAGCUGAUGCGGGUGCGGAUGAAGCGUGCGAGCGGUGCGGUGAGGGUCUACCUCGAUGGCACCGCCGGACUGACUCCGUACCGGGUGGUCAACGCGACGCCGUUUGACGUGACGGUGCAAGAGGCCGACUCGCCUUGGAUUCUGCACGCGGAGCCCGAGAGCCAGCUAGGGCUCGUACCGCGGCUUCGCGACGACGAGGGCCACUUUAACCUGACGCUCACGCUGGCGCUCGACGGGCGCGACGGCGAGGUCAUCGGGUCGGUCGAGUAUGGGCGAGACUCGUUUGUGGCGGCAGAGCCGCACAUGGUGCGGCUGUGGAGCGAGGACGAGCGAGCGGUAGACAAGGCUGUUUGCGGCAAGUUUAUGGAUGACGGCCCGUGCGCUGUCCUGGUGCUGGAGGCGGUGUCGCUUGCAGAAGCCGCGGAGCGGAUGGCGAUAGCACGCGGAGAGCGGGAGGCUGCGGCACUGCGGACGUACGCGAUCCAAUGCUCUGUGGCUGGUAUUGGCCUCUCGUUGCUGGGCAUAGAUGCGGUGGCGGGCGGAGUGCGGACCGAGGUGGCGUACGGGCGGCUUUCCGAGCUCAAUGGCCGGUUUACCGUCAACGGCUCGCGAGCAAGCGGCGAAGUGACUGUGGAGAGCAUCCAGGUCGACCGGACGCACUUUGGAACCGAGUUUCCUGUCCUCCUACACUGCCGGCCGCGCAAGAUGCGGGACCGACGCAGCCGCGGCGGCAAGGAGCGCAAGUACGAGCCGGCGCUCACUCUGUCAGGUGCAUGGAUUUCGGACCACCCGUCGGUGUACUAUGUCGAGUAUGUGGUUGUCGACGCAGCGCCGCUCUCGGUACAGGCGACGGUGGAGGAUGUGCAGACGCUGACAGCGCUCGGGGCUACACUCGGGCGUGGAGGCGGGAGCGGUGAUGGGAGUGGGAGUGGCGACGGCGCAGUCGGUGACGAGGUCAUCGACGAAGCGGGGCCUGUUGAUGCGCGCCCAGUCUACUUUUCGUUUGUCUCCCUGCCUGCCAUUGCCGUGAGUGUGACGGUGACGUUUGCCGAGACGGACGCUGUGGCACGGAGCUCCGGACAGAGUGGGUCGUCGACGCCGCGCGGCGGCUCGUCGCGCAAGUCGCGGAUGCUGUUUGCACUGGGAGAGAUGUUCUCGUCGAUUGACCAUGCUCCGCUGCGGCUCUCUGCGCUAGUCCUCGAGCGGCGGGUGGUCUCCCAGGAGCUCCUUUGGCAGCUCAUCGCGGCGCACUACCGGCACGAGGGCAUGACGCAAGUGUACAAACUCCUCGGCUCUGCCGAGGCGCUGGGUAAUCCUGUGGGCCUUGUAGCAGACCUCAAGACCGGGGUCAAGGAUGCGUUCUACGAGCCGGCCAUCGGGAUGCGGCGCGGGCCCGAGGCAUUUGCCUCGGGCUUGGUCCGCGGUGGCGGCUCGUUGGUCAAGCACACGCUCCACGGAGUGUUCAACACUUCGUCCAAGCUAAUCCGGACUGCAGCACGCGGGGUGGGCGCUCUCUCGAUGGACUCGGAGUACAUGCGGAAGCGGCGGGCGGAGCAGCAGCUCAACGUGCCGAAGCAUGUGGUGUCGGGGCUGGGGCUCGGGCUCAAACGGUUCGCGACGGGAGUGAUCGGCGGAGUGACUGGGCUCGUCACCUCGCCGUACAAGGAGACGAAGAAGGGCAAGGCGUCGGGCGGAGCCAAGGGCGCGGCCAAGGGCUUUUUCAAAGGAGUGGGCAAGGGCCUCUCCGGAGUGAUCUUCAAGCCGGCUGGCGGAGCGCUGGAGCUUGCGGCAACGACGGUCGAGGGGCUGAAGAACACGACAACGGUGUUUGACAAGAAGCCGAAGGCUGCGCGGCUGGAGCGGCAUGUGCCGGGCGGGGCGACCGUGGCGCCGUACGACGAGGAGAGCGCGCACGCACAGCAUGUGUUGCGGCACUUUCUGGCGUCACGCAAGCAGCCGUGGGCAGCCGAGCCGCUGGUGGCGCACAUUCCGUGUGCUGAGCGGGCGAUGGUUAUUCUCUCGGUGCUCCGGCUGGUGUGCGUAGUCAACGCGAACCCGGCCAAGCCGCGCAAGGUCAAGCUGGUCUGGUCCGUCCUUCGCGAAGACGUGGCACGAAUCGAGUUUGACGACGCGAGGCAGGCUGCGCGGCUGCUGGUGCGGACGCGUGUGGAUGCGCUUGAGGUUGUGGCGCGGAGUGCGGCGGCGUACGUGGCGCUGAAGGGAGCGCUUGGCCCGGACGCUGGCCAGCGGCGGAUGCACGCGUUUGCAGCCGGCGUCUUUGUUCCACCGGAUGGACUCACCAUUACCGGUGCGGAGACGCGGCAUGUAUACCUUAUGGAAGACGGGCAGCGGUGGCUGGUGACGGCCGCGGUGCUAGCGUACCGCGGCUACGACGAUGCGCUCGCGGUUGUGCUUCCGGACGCCGAAGUGCUGCGGAUCGCGUACGGCGGCGAGCGGGCGUACGUCGACGCCCACGAGCUCCCUCCAGAUGGCUGCUAUGUGGUGGUUGAGCGACGCGAUCGCGGACGCAAGUGGCUCGCGCGGAUGUCGCGCAAGAAGCGCAAGGCCAAGCCGGCCGAAGUUGUCGGUGUGUGGCGCAUGGUCGACGGCGAGCGCGAGUGGGUCGGGGAGCAGUCCGAUUGCAUCCCUCCCGAAGCUGAGCUAACCCGGAUCAGCGAAGACGCACUUCGUGCCAUCCCCACUGCUGGCAGAGCUGCACCACAAUGAAGUAUGGUCAUGGA